AUGAAGACAUCGGAAAAUGCCGGCGAAAAAUUACAGCAUGGGAUAAAUGCUCCCUCGAGUUCUAACAACACCAAGGAUGAUGGUGAUGAUGGUAUGGCACAGCCGCGUGUGAACGAUCGAAUACUUUCAAAGAUCAAGCCAAGCAGCUUUGGUCAGACGAGCGCAGCUGCUAGUGAAAUGUCAUCUAAAUGUAGAUUGUAUUCGUCGAUCAACAUAUCGGCUGAUAAGUGGUUGCUCACGCUGGACGAAUCUUCGGUGGAAAAGCUGGAGAAGCCGCCUUCGUUGGCUGAUGGUUUGGACAGAAAAACCGAGGAGGAUCUGCGCUUCCUCGGCUGUGAACUCAUCCAGUCCGGUGCCAUAUUACUCCGAAUACCUCAGGUGGCGGCGGCAACCGCUCAAAUAUUAUUUCAGCGCUUUUACUACCAGAGGUCGUUCGUACGCCAUGAUUUUGGAUACACGGUAAUGGCGUGUCUUUUGUUAGCGAGCAAGAUUGAGGAGGCACCACGUCGGCCACGCGAUGUUAUCAACGUGUUCCAUCGUUUGGAGCACUUACACGGCAAACGGAACGAAUCUAAAAAGUAA